CCAUGCCAAAGGUUGGCGCAUCCCAAGCUGGCCGACAGCGCUGGCUCGGUGCUGUCUCCGCUCCCGCAUCAUCAUCAUCACCCUCUUCUUCGACACAACAGUUUCCAACGCCACCACCACCACCACCAGCUGCUGCUGCUACAACGAGUGCACCCACACCCACAACAGCAACAGCAACACGACAUGUGGCACGAAGGUCCACGCUGCUCCCACCGCUCGCGCCAGUGGACCGACCAAAGUUCCUUGCGCUCAACACUACAGAUCCUGCAGUCAACCUCCUUCCAGAUAUCGUCGCAAACUACGAUGGGUGCACGCUGGACAUGUGGACGAGCCUGCCUGUUGUGAUGAGCGGGUGCGAGGGCCUUUCACGGCGGCUCAACGGAACGUAUCUCGCAGUGACGCCCGAAGACGCGACGGCGCUCGGACGAGAGGAUGAUGACCUGCGUAUGAUCUACCACAAGCCCGCCCAAGACGAUGCGCCUGACCUGUUUCUGUACUUUAUGACCAAGGACAACACGUGGAACGUUUCCAACAAGCCGUUUUCAGCCUAUGUGUACGCGUAUGCACAGGAGGAUACGUUGGUGCCGUGGUGCGUGACACAACCAUGGUUCAUUGUGUUUGGCAGCCACGCGCUGCACGCAUCACGGGACGUCAGCGUGACAACGCCGGCAUAUGCGCGCACCUUCAAUGGCGACCUGUUCACAUCAGACCACAGCCCCGUGUACCCUCUUGACGAGGCGGAGCAGGCCAGCAGAGCACGUGAGCGCGAGCGACAGGCAUUGCGCAAUCUUCGCCUGCAGCAGAAGACGGCGUGGUUGGUCGAAGGUGAUGCAUCGGUGUCGGUACCAACCGGUGUACAGCCACCCAUCUUUGGUGAUGUGUUCCGGCCGCACGCAGCAGCGACGGGCUCCACAUCAGCACCAUCGACCACGCGAGAUUCUGUCUCUAAGAAGGCACCGUCAUCAUCAUCACCCUCAACUGCAACAACAGCAGCAGAUAUGGCGGCGACCGCACGCACAACAGGCGCACCCAGGAGCAAAGCAUCCAAGAAAACAGGCAGAGACAAAGCAAGCAAAAAGGCAACAGCACGCCAAACACCGCAGCCGAAGCAGACGAUACCUGGACUCUCUUCGCUGCCAACCCUCGCGCCGCACAACGCGCGCGGGCCUCUUGCCUUCACAACAGCGGCAGCCACACAGCAGCAACUGCAGUUACAGCAGCAACAGCAGUAUCCGCAAAGCUAUCAGCAGCCACAACACUAUCCGCAAAGCUAUCAGCAGCGACAACAACAACAACAGCAGCAGCAGCAGCAACAACAACAGCAACAACAACAACAACAACAACAACGGCAACAUCAACGGCAGUCGAUGCCACCGCUUGCCGCGGCAAUGGCUGGUGCCCACCCGUCCAUGAUGAUGCCAUACACACGCAUGCCACAGAUGCAACCACAACAGCAAAUGAUCAUGAUGCAGGGCUUGACACGCCAGCCACCCACCUUUCCUCCUUUUCAGCAGUUGAUGUAUCCUUCGUUCCCUUCCCCCGCCAUUCCCCAGCCCUGGCUGAGCACGCAGCAGUUCAUGAUGCCGCACGCACCUGCACCCGUGUCGUGGACUCCAAGCAUGACAACAGCAGCGGGAUCGUCGAUUGCACCGGUUUGUUUUGCUGCUGCCACCACUGCCCGGCCUGCCGCUGUCACGGCAAACCCAAUGCAAGCGCCGUCGCCACUGCUUUCUGCGGCAGCAGCGACAACAGCGACAACAGCAACACAACCACGAGCAACAACCAUGACGAUGCCAACAACAACAACAACAUCCGCUUCAUCGGCCUCCUCCACGUCUGUGCGCGGCUCUCCUGCCCUGUCAACAACCACGACUACUACCUCGUCGUCGUCGUCGUCAUCAUCAUCAUCAUCAUCUGCAUCAUCAACAACUACAACCACAUCAUCAUCAUCAUCAUCAUCACCAUCAUCAUCGUCGUCGUCGUCACCGACCUCCUCGCCGUCGUCGUCGUCGUCGUCGUCGCUGCGGUCUUCAGCAUCACCAUCGCCUGUGCCGGCAGACACGGCUGCGGAGGUGCCACCGCCUAAGGGCCGCCGUGCGUCGCUGAAAGGCAAUCAUACACGACAACAACGCACGGCUGGGGCUGCCUCGACCACCAACAGCGGCAACAGCACACGCAGCAGCGGCGGCAGUGAUGUGCAUGCAGCGGGCAGCAAGCGCACGUACGACUCACCUGAUGCCAUGCCACCAGACCUGCGCCAGCAGUUCUUCACGCCAGUCCCCGGCAAGCCGAAAGCCUCGUUUGCGCGGCCACAGCAUAGUCGAGUGCGCAGCAAAGCGGCGAAGGAGGAGGAAGAGGAUGAGGAAGACGAGGAGGGCUCGGGACAUGGUUCCAAGAAAGCCAAGCGUGCUUAAACUUUCUUUCUUUCUUGUUCUUAUUGUUGUUGUUGUUGUUGUUGUUUUGUGUGUGCGUGUGCGUGUGUGCGUGUGUGUAUGUGUGUGUGCGCGUGCGCGCGUGUGUGCACGUGUAUGCGCGUGUGUGCACGGGUGUGUCUUGUCUUGCUUGUUGCCUGCAUACUUUCUUCCAUUGUUUGCACAAGCGUUGCGUCUCGGUGGAUAGUGACACUGUGACAGGAGGGGCGACAAGUGCGCCUUGUCAUGACACCAUGUGCAUCGUGGCCACAGAGAGUUGGCGAGAUGAAAAGUGUUCGAAAUCAUUGUAGAAAAAAG